GCGGAGCUUUCCGUCGUCUCUGCUCGCUCGCGCGCGCCGUGGCACAGCUGCUGAAGCGCACUCGAGAGCGGAGUGGAGUGUGUGGCUCUCUGUCACCUUCUCAAGCACCCUACUGCGUGAAGGAGAACUAGGGCGACAAGUGGGGGUCAAGGCGACAGCGCAAAAAGCACAGAAAGUGCUUCCUUCCUUCCUUGCUCCCUCCUUCCCGUCUUUCACUUUCUCCAGUGCAGCGCUUCUCUUAUCAGCGCGUUCGCCCUGUCACCGGUUAUCAUGGCUUCAACGACAACCUGUACCAGGUUUAGCGACGAAUACCAGCUGUACGAAGAGCUCGGGAAAGGAGCCUUCUCAGUUGUGAGGAGAUGCAUGAAGAACUCAACGGGACAAGAGUACGCUGCCAAAAUCAUCAACACCAAAAAGCUCUCUGCCAGGGACCACCAGAAACUGGAAAGAGAAGCCAGAAUCUGCCGCCUGCUGAAGCACCCCAACAUCGUGAGACUCCAUGACAGCAUUUCUGAGGAGGGCUUCCACUACCUAGUCUUUGACCUAGUCACCGGAGGUGAAUUAUUUGAAGAUAUUGUAGCGAGAGAAUAUUAUAGUGAAGCUGAUGCCAGUCAUUGUAUACAGCAGAUUCUAGAAAGUGUAAAUCAUUGUCACCUAAAUGGCAUAGUUCACAGGGACCUGAAGCCAGAAAAUUUGCUAUUAGCUAGUAAGUUAAAGGGCGCUGCCGUGAAGCUGGCCGAUUUUGGACUUGCCAUCGAGGUUCAAGGAGACCAGCAGGCUUGGUUUGGCUUUGCUGGGACUCCUGGUUACUUGUCACCGGAAGUGUUAAGGAAGGAUCCUUAUGGAAAACCCGUGGACAUGUGGGCUUGUGGAGUCAUCCUGUAUAUUCUACUGGUGGGCUACCCUCCAUUUUGGGAUGAAGACCAGCACAGACUGUACCAGCAGAUCAAGGCUGGCGCUUAUGACUUUCCGUCCCCAGAGUGGGACACUGUGACCCCGGAAGCCAAAGACCUCAUCAAUAAAAUGCUAACAAUCAACCCGGUUAAGCGGAUAACCGCGGCGGAGGCCCUCAAGCACCCCUGGAUCUGCCAACGCUCAACUGUCGCUUCCAUGAUGCACAGACAGGAGACGGUGGACUGCCUGAAGAAGUUCAAUGCAAGAAGAAAGCUGAAGGGCGCCAUCCUGACCACCAUGCUGGCCACAAGAAACUUUUCAGCAGCGAAAAGUUUGCUGAACAAGAAAGCGGACGGCGUGAAGAUCAACAACAAGGCCAACAUAGUUACCAGCCCUAAAGAGCCCGUCGCCACGCCAGCCCUGGAGCCCCAAACCACCGUAAUCCACAAUCCUGCUGAUGGAAAUAAGAAAUCCUGCUGCUUCCCGACAAAAGAGUCGACAGAAAGUACAAACACCACCAUUGAGGACGAAGAUGUGAAAGGGCGCAAACAGGAGAUCAUAAAAGUGACAGAGCAGCUGAUCGAGGCCAUCAACAGCCGUGACUUUGAGGCCUACACGUAAGUGUCACCGUCACCGCCGUCCCU